GUGUGUGUGUGUGUGUGUGUGUGUGUGUGUGUGUGUGUGUGUGUGUGUGUGUGCAUGUGUGUGUUGUAUCUUUACAAUAACAGGGGCUAAAUGAGUAUGGUGUAAAAGGUAUAAAUUAUAGUUGUGAAAAAAUAAUUGUUUGCAUAUAUACUAUAGCUUCAACAGAGCAUUUUACAAAGUAUUAAUCUAACAGCAACUCACAUUUUUUUUAGUGUGGUGUGUGUGUGCUUCACUUUGAUUGUGUGUUUAAUUUACAGUGGCCUUCUGUUGUCUUCUUUUAUCUUGUAAUGUAUUAUGUAAAAACACAACUUAUUAUAAUUUCCAAUUCAAAUGUAAUGUUUUUUCAUUAGAGCCAUUACUAAUACCAAGGUUGAAGAGAAUUUUUUUAAAGUGAUGUUGUUAGAAGUUGAGGUUGACGCUUAUAGUCUGAAACCUCGUACCGGAAGUACUAGCAUUGUGCUAACUGUAGCACACAGACUUGACAGCGUUGUGACAGUCCAUGUUGACCGAAUGGCAGCUUGUUUAGCGAAAGUAGUGUUUGUGUAGUUAAUUAGCUGUAACAGCAGCAGUGUGAGGCGUGGAGGAGCUGGUCUACCGGGAGGUGAUAAAGAGAUGUUUUGGAGCUCAGCAGGUCAGCUGGGAUGUGUCAGACUUCUCCGCUGCUGGUCCCUCACAGUCAGCCCCAGGACACUCCCCCGGUGCUCCGCACAUACUUCACGGUUCUUCUCCAUCUCUGCCCCCGCGAAGUCUCCAACACAUGAGGAGAUGAACCAGCCUCUGAAGCAGUGGGCUCUGGAGGUGAGCCCCUUCAGCACGGUACGGGCACAGCUGGGCUGCAGCAUCUCCAUCCGCCCGCUGGACCUGCACGCCUUCCCUGAGGCUGACCGAGCCUUGGUCACAGUCCACGGGACAGACACCGAGCAGGAGGUCGGUCUGGAUCACUUACACGUCCACUAUGAUGACCAGAGCAAAGAGCUGCUCAUCUCCGCUGAGAAGGUUAACAGCAGCGUGUCGAUUGAUCUGGCUGCGCCUAUCAAAAGUAAUCUCUUCAUUACUACUCAAGGAAAAGGCAACGUGCAAGUGAAGAAAAUGGAGUGUGAUAUCUGCAAGGUGCAGACAGAGAAGGGCAACUGUUUGCUGCACUCUGUCAAGGGUCACCAGGUUGAGGUCCAGUCCCACGGAGGACAUGUUACAGGUGUGGGAACUAUCCAUGGCAAUGUGGACAUCAGCACAUGUGGGGACAGUGCAGUGGAUGUCAAGAAGCUCCAAGGCACCAAAAUGAAUGUUUCAACAGAACAUGGCCCUCUGAAGGUCAAAGCCAUCUAUGCCGAGUCCAGCUGUGUCUCCUCCUGCUCUGGGAGAGUAGAACUGGGACAUGUACACGGUAACGCCACUGUGAAGAACGUGUCUGGAGAUACAGUUAUUGAUGGUUCAAAUAGUUUCCUGAAGGUUUCCUCUCACAGCGGAGGCAUUGAUGUCUAUGUGGGAGACGGUGGCAGUGCCGAACUCCACAGUCAGGACGGAGCGGUGUGUGUACGUGUCCCUUCCUCGUUGAAAGCCGGGGUGGAGCUCUGUGGAGCUGCGGUGGAUAUCAGCCCAGAAGUUGUUCUGCAUGGAGUAGAAAACAGCACAACUGAAGGCCAAACCACAGUUACUGGCUAUAUAAAUGGAGGGUCUCCAGUGGACCAGUGGGUUAAAGCUCAGGCAGACAGAGGCUCUGUCAGGCUGAAGACACAAAGCUGGUUUGAGUCCCUGAAGCUGGGGAGCUGAGUUAUGAGUGACAUUGCAUCACUGCUCUGGGGCUUUACACUAACAGACAGAGCCAGAUAUUUACUGUCGCUCCUCAAUUGGAUGAACCUUUACCUCACUGAAGUAUUUAAAACUCUGUGCUCAGGAUAUACUGUACUUUAAAAAAAAAAGGACAUUAUGUAUCAUCCAUAGUAUUUAACAAAUAUUCUAUGUGUGUUAAAAGUCACUGUACGUACACUGAGUCUGGAAAGCAUACUGUGUAACUGCACACCAGUGUUGGUUUGGGCUGUUUUAAAUGUUAAUUAGAAACAGUUUGCUCGCUCAGAUUUUUUAAAUAUUUUUGUAUGGUAUGUAAAUACUUUUUUUUUUUUUUUUUUUUUUUUUUUUUUUUAAAUGGUGAGUCUCAAACUGUGACAAAAGCAUGGAAAGUUUUAAUCAAGAGGCAAAUUCAGUCAGAAACUUCACCUCUGCCUCUGUGCUGUCAAUUUCAAUAUACCUACAAUUUGACUAGUUUUGACCUGGCUCCAAUUAUUGAAAACCUUUUAAUUUAAGCACUAAGUAUUGAUAACUUACAACAAAUUUUCCACAAACCUCUUUGCAUAUUCCAGAAGAGCUUUAUAUCAUUGCCCCAAAUGAGAAGCAAACUGUACAGGAUGUGAACUUGUUUCCAGUAAUGAGCUUUAGUAUUAAAAAUGUAGGUCCGGCAUUAAACAAAUCCACACAUUAGAAUGUCAGUAAAAAUAAAACCAAGUGAAAUGCAGUUACAAAGUGUUAUAUAAUCAAAGGAUAAACCAACAUCGUAAUAUAAAAGAAUAUAGAUUUUUAAUUUAAAGAGCAUAAUUAAACACAUUUCUAAAGGAAAAAGAAAAACACUGAGUACACAGACACUGCAUAGACGAACCAAUGUUAAUCACAAAAUGUAGACAUUUAAAAAUAAUUACAAUCAAUUUUAACAAGCUCUGAAAUCAGACUGUUGAAAUGGUGAGGGACAGAGAGAUCAAAUUUAAAGUGCGUUGUACUUCCAUGUAUAUGAAAGUAUAAAGUUUCUUAAAUAAAUAGACACCAAUUAUGGUCAUGUCUUAGUGCUCAAGAUGCCAACUUUUGCAUCCACACAGUGGUUUGUGCUGUUGCUGUCACCCUUGGUAAAAAAUUAGUGGUAGACACCAUCUGGUGAUUGCAUCUCUGUACUUGUCCUCAAUCUGGAUUCCAAGGUUUUAAGACUGAGGUAUUUUCUCUAGUGUCUUAAGACCACAGCUGGAACACUUUUUUAAACAUCCACUUAGUUGUUUCAGAGCUUAAAACUUACAAUUGAGAAGUUGCAGACUUUUGACUACUGACUGUAUGAAAUAUGUGGAGCAAUACACACAUGUGUUGUCUUUGUACAAAUGAAAUAUACUAUAUUACAGCGAGAAAACAAUAUCAGUACUAUAAACAAAAUAAUAAAAGAUCCAAAACUCAAAAUCAAAAACUAAAAAUUCACAAAUGUUUAUGCACUGGGUAUCUAAAUUAUCUGUUAUGGGUAUCUGGGUUAUUAACCCACUAGAGCCUAGCAGGGUCAACGGAACAGGACUUUCCACUGUCAGGAUCUGAUUAAAUAUUAAGUGUGAGUGAGGUGCUGAAACAGUGCUACGUCUGAGCCUCUAUCCAGACAGGUGGGGUACAGAGAACACAGAAAGGUUAGUCUUAAUCUGAUUACUAACCAGUGAUUUGGGAUUUUAUCCAUGUGACUCAGUUUUGUGUGGAUUAUCUCAAGCGUAUCAUGCAAAAUGGUUGGUUGAAGAUGCUGAAGAUAUGUUUUGAAAUAAUGUCCCAAAGAUGAUGGUUGCUGUGAUUGUGU